AUGGCGAAGGAUGCCCCAUUCAAGUCCACACCAUUGCCCUUGCGAUCCCGAGCAGAGGAUGCUGUGGAUCGCCCAGCUCAGAUACGUCCGCGGAGCCCGCGGACGCCUGGCACGCCUCGCCCCAGCGAAUCGGGACGUGCCAGCGACAGUCCGCGGCGGCCCAGUCCUCGGCCGAGGAGCCGGCUCGAGGCCCGAAAAGGACAGGACUCCGAGCUCUCUGAGUGUAUCGAUGCUUUGUACAGGCACCGCAAGGAGACCCUCCGCUUCUUGAGGCGGUGCGAGGACUCCCGUGAUCUAAAGUUGCUGCGUGCAGCGCUCGACCCGCAGCCGUUUCGCCAGGAGGGCACUUCCCGGAGCCGCGCUCCGGUACGUGCGGUUCAUGCGACACAGAAGCUGGUGCGAGAGUGUGAGGCAACUCCGCUUUCAGCACCAGACUAUGUUUGGUCACCCGAAACUUUGGGUUCCGUGGCUGCCAGAGGUUGGCAGUGUUUGGCUGCUCCCGACACGGCACACUCACCAUGGCUGGCGACGCUCGCCCGCACUGCCAUGCUUCCGACUGAUGCAUCCUUGACGCCAAGGAGACCAGUGCGAAAGCUUGCAUGA